ACCCCUUGUUUGAAACCCUAAGCCUCACCCUCUCACUCUCUCAGUCUCUGCCCGCCCUCCCUCGGCGUCGCUUCUCACCGUCACCGUCACGCCGUCUCGCCUCUCUCCACUUCUUUGCUUUCGUUCCACUUUCAAAUCCUCACUCAUUCUCUCAAACUGCGGCUACUCACUCAACUCACCAUUUUCCUAUCAGGUAGUGUUAUUCUGUUCUCAAGUUAACUGAACCGGUGAAAUUUUUGUGAGGAAGUUCGAAACAAGAAACCGAGGUCAAAAUGAAGAUGGUUAACGCUUUCAACAUGAAGAGAGCAGCGGCUGGAUUAAGGCGCAUUAAUCUUGAUGGUCUCCGGUGGCGGGUUUUCGAUGCCAAGGGACAGAUUCUUGGGAGGUUAGCAUCUCAAAUUGCUACUGUAGUUCAGGGAAAGGAUAAGCCAACUUAUACACCUAAUCGUGAUGAUGGAGAUAUGUGCAUUGUGCUUAAUGCAAAGGAUGUUUGUGUCACUGGGAGAAAACUUACAGACAAGGUCUAUUACUGGCAUACAGGGUAUGUGGGCCACCUCAAGGAAAGGACUUUCAAGGAUCAGAUGGCCAAAGAUCCUACAGAAGUCAUUCGCAAAGCUGUUUUGCGCAUGUUGCCUAGAAACAAAUUGCGUGAUGAUAGGGAUCGAAAGCUGAGGAUCUUCCCCGGCAGUGAGCAUCCGUUUGGUGAUCGACCACUUGAACCUUAUGUAAUGCCUCCUAGAAGCGUACGAGAAAUGCGGCCACGAGAAAGGCGUGCAAUGGUUCGAGCACAGAAGAAGGCUGAACAGCAACAACAGAAUACUGAUGGAACCAAGAAAGGCAAAAAGAGAGAAGCUCCAGAGGAGAGUGCAUAAGGACGUUAGUCAACUCUAUGAAGAUGAUUCUGUUCUAUGGUAUUCUGAAUCUCAAAAGGGCAUGGUUAAAGAAACCUUCUUUGAUUCACUAGUUAUGAUUUCUUGCAACUUUUUAGUGUGAAUUUUUUAACUUAUGAAAUUAGAGUUGCUUCCAAAUCGUGAGUAUGAAUAAUAAACAUCGUCAUUUCUCUUACAUGGGUAUUGCUUUGUGGGAAA